GACAAAACUGAUAACUUGCUUUUCUUCUCUCAACUGCUGGUCUCUCCUUUUCUUCCAUGGAUAGAAUAUACUGACCAAAGACUUUCUCUAUCGUUUCCACUUAAAUACACCACACCAUCCUCCUUCAAACAUCGAGAACUGACCUACUACCUCACUGACCGACAAUGUCUCCCCCUCAUCCACCACCACCUCCAGCGCACGGCUCGGCCUUCGAGUCCGCCAUCAAAGUGACCCCCCUCAGCUCGCACCGCUACUCUGCCCAUCUCCGCGACGAAUGGUGCAUCGGAGCAGUCCCCCAUGGUGGCUACACCACCUCCAUCCUCUACCGCCUCGCCCUCGUGCACUUCGCGCACACCCACCCAGCUCUUUACAAGAACAGCCCCGCGACCCCGAUCGCCAUGCAACUGUCCUUCCUCCGCCGCACAGCGACAGGUCCCGCCGUGCUGAAAGUCCAGGAUACGAAGCUGGGACGGCGGACGAGUACGCUGCAUGUUAUGUUGUUACAGAAGCCGGAUAGCGGCAAAAGGAAGCAAUCACAGUCGUCUACUACUACUACGACUACCGGCACCGAAGCAGAAGAUGAGGACUUGGAAGUCAAAGUAGCAGGAUACAUUACCGUCAGUCCUGCGGACGCCGAAGAGGGACUGAGUGCUACGACAGGGUGGAAGAUCAGCAGUCCUGCGCCGGCGGCCGGGUCAAAUGGAGAUGGAUCGGUGAACUUGGGGGCGUUAGGGAGGACAGGGCGUGAUGGGGCGUGGGGGAAGUUCGAACCGGAGCAUUCGAAGUUCCGAAAGGCGACGGGGCAGACAGAAUUCUAUGUACCUGUUGAGCUUAGUGAGAAGGAGAGGAAGGAGAGGAAGAUGAAUGCGGAGCAAUGGGCGAGGUUCCGUCCUGGAGGGGAUGUGAAUGCCCGGUGGACCAACGAGGCGCUGGUGUAUUUGACGGAUAUGUUUCCUACGGCGUUGGCUGGGUUUGAUAAUGCGGCGGAGGAGGCGGCGGUGGGGGGUGGGAAGGGGUUGUUUUGGUUUCCCACGGUCACGUUGAAUAUUGAUCUGAAGACGAGGUUGCCGGAGGAAGGGGUGGAGUGGUUGUAUAGUCGGGUGUAUACGAAGAAGGUGCGGGAUGGACGGACGGAUUUGGAUGUGACGGUUGUGGAUGAUAAGGGGGACGUGGUGGCGCUGAGUACGCAGGUGGGUUUGGUGUUGAGUGCCAGUCGCAAUAUCGGGUCUCGUGCGAAGUUGUAGAUACCUCUCUUUCUUUGUUUCUUUCUUUCUUUCUUCCUCCCUUUUCUUUCUGUCUCAUAAUCGUCCUCGACCCUGUUCCUUUUCUCUUCUUGUCUCUUUCUCCGAA